CCGUCCCCGGCCCCCUCCCCCAGCUGUGGCCCCUUACUGUUGUACCAUGUCUGCAUGCCUGCUUAUUCCCGGGCUAGACUUCAUCUGGCCCUGCCUUGCUAGUGCCCAUCCAGCAUCCCUCGCGCGCAGUCUCUGUCCGCCCAUCCGAUUAGCCCUUUAAUAAUACAUAAUAAUACAUGCCUGGUACUGGACAGCACUUCCCCUGGACCCUCCACGGCCCUGCCCUUCUGCAACCGGACUAGAGGACGGAAGAGAAGGAGAGAGGGUAAAAAAAAAAGUGUGUGUGUGAGUAAGAGUGAGUGAGUGAGAGAGAGAGAGAGAGAGAGAGAGACUCCACCUAUAUCAGGCGCUGCUCUCCCCGUCCACCCCGUCUCCCCCCGCUGGCACCUUUCGUUUCCCUCUUCCCUUUUCCUGCCGCCCAAGCUACUUGCCUGUGAUCCUGACCCCCACACUCGCAGCCAGCCCAAGAUGACGGACGCAAACAUGGAAAAGGACAUCCCCCACACCUCGGGCGCUGACGCCAACGGCACCAACCACAAUGCCCAGCCCACCCAGCGCUACAACAACAACUACGGCAACCCCCUCGCCCACGCCCACAGCGGCAACGAUGCUCGCCUCCCGGCCUUUGGCGGCGAGUUCCAGCCCGGCCUGUACAAGGCCAUCGAGAACCGCAAGAUCGCCAACCCGGCCCCCCUCGGCCUCAGCGCCUUUGCCCUCACCACCUUCGUCCUGUCCGCCAUCAACCUCCAGGCCCGUGGCGUCACCGAGCCCAACAUCGUCGUCACCCUCGCCUUUGGCUAUGGCGGCCUCGUCCAGCUCCUGGCCGGCAUGUGGGAGAUGGCCAUAGGAAACACCUUUGGUGCCACCGCCCUCUCGUCCUACGGUGGCUUCUGGAUCUCGUACGCCCUCAUCCUCACCCCCUCCCUCCAGGUCGCAGAUGCCUACAAGGAAUCCGGCAACGAGACCAGCGCCAUCGGCUUCUUCCUGACCGGCUGGUUCAUCUUCACCACCAUCCUGCUGCUGUGCACCCUGCGCUCCACCAUCAUGUUCUUCAGCCUCUUCUUCACCCUGGACCUUGCCUUCCUGUUCCUCUUCUGCGCAGAGUUCGCAAAGGACAAUGGCGCCGCCACUGUCGCCCUGGGCCUGCAAAAGACCGGCGGCGUCUUCGGUAUGCUGGCUGCCUUCUUGGCCUGGUAUAAUGCCUUUGCUGGCAUCGCAGACUCCAGCAACUCGUUCUUCCUCAUUCCCGUCUUCCACUUCCCGUGGAGCGAGAAGGGCCGCGAGAACCGCUUGGCAAAGCAGGCCUCGCACACCGUUUGAGAAGCCCGGCGCCGCCACACCUGUCGCAUGGUCGUCCCCCGUCUCUGAGUCUCUUUGUGUUGUCAGGAUUGAUAUCGGACCAGAAUACCCGUCACGUUAUGACACAUCCUUUACUUGCUCCCUAAUUAUGAACCCGCGCCGGCAGUCGCCUGGGUUUUUGUCACCAUCACUUGUACCCCACGUCGGGGCUGGGUUCUUGGGUUGAGCUGCGCCGAGAGUCCCGUCGUGGUCAUUUUCGAGGGCGCCUGGUGGGGAUAAUGUGGGUGGCACACCCCCCGCCAUUCGUCCAUAUCAAAUACAUAUUGCAUUGGUC